CCCCGCGGGGCCUCCGGACUCGGCGCGGCGAUGGCGGACGACGAGCUGGAGGCGCUGCGGAAGCAGAGGAUGGCCGAGCUGCAGGCCAAACACGGGGAUCCCUCUGCUGACACUUCACAACAAGAAGCAAAACAAAGGGAAGCAGAAAUGAGGAAUAACAUUUUGGCUCAGGUUUUGGAUCAGGCAGCUCGUGCCAGAUUGAGUAAUUUAGCGCUCGUAAAGCCAGAAAAGGCAAAAGCGGUUGAGAACUAUCUCAUACAGAUGGCAAGGUUUGGACAGUUAGGUGGGAAGGUAUCAGAUCAAGGAUUGAUAGAAAUACUUGAAAAAGUGAGUCAGCAAACUGAAAAGAAAACGACAGUAAAGUUCAACAGAAGAAAAGUAUUGGAUUCUGAUGAGGAGGAAGAUGACUGAAAUACAAAGAUGGUUGCCGACUGCAAAUCAUCCGGAAGAUGUCGAGGAAAGUAUUCUGUCCUGACUGAAGCAUAAAUUAAACGUUUACACAGUUUUUCUGUACACUUUUUUUUUUUUUACACAAAGGGAAAACAAAUUAUCUCUAUAUAAUAAAAUGAAGUGAAAUGG